UUGUCAAAUUUGAAAUUUCCAUCUUUCUUGAAGGCCAAAAUUUUUACUUCACGGGUCAGUCCAUCCUGUUCCUCGGGUUGUUCUUGCUGAUUUUCGUCGGCGAUCAUUCUGCCGCGUUCCACCGUCCUCCGGCGUCACCGCUCCUCUGUUUUCCGACUUUUUGUGCUUCGUUUCUCCGGUGGCUGCGGUGUUCGGCAGUGUUUUGGUGUCGGUGGUGGUGUUUCACAUUCUGGUAUUUGUCCGAUUUCACAUAUUGUUGUUCUUGGAAAUCUGAAAUUGAUUAUGCUUGUUUUGUUCCUUUGAUAUUUAAGGGAAGCAACAUCUACUUUAUGUUUACUCAAUAUACAAAUAAGGUGUACUCAUCUUCCUCUUCUUUAUUGCAUAAGGCCUCCUUCAUAAUCGAUCCGUAUAUGACUAACCAUUAGUAUUUUAUCAUGUAUAAUCUCCUUUUUAGGAGUGUUAAUAUUUUUUUUCCCAUUAACUCUGUACUAGGUUUAAUAUUUUAUAGCUAUUGUGAGUUGUGACUACCGACUAGUCUGCCUCUAAAACUGAGUUGUGACCUUGAUUCAAGAAAUAUGCUUUAAUUUGAUUCCUAUAUUCACGUUGGACCAAAUGUGGCAUUACUCUUGAGCAAUCUCUUGCCCUUAUUAUUUAAUGUUCCCAUGUUUAGAGAUUUUUGUCCUGUAAUAAACACUUUUGUACUUCUAUGUAUUAUUAAUUAUGAUGCCUCACUUUAAUUUGUUAUGUUCACUUUACGUUGUCACUAAAUCACUAUUAUAAAGGUGGUGUGCAGUGAACUUAGUAGUCACCAUUCACCACUCACUCACCCACUAUACCUGAAUCCUCAAAACUUUGAUCUCUUUUUUCUCUCAUUUCUCAACUUUGUCUCAAAAAUGGACAUUGGAUCAGCUAUGUCUGUUGUCCAGACUCUAUUUACAUCAUGUUCAGAACUUAAAGAAAUAUGCUCCUACUUUGGUUACGAAUCUCAACUUGCUGACCUACAACGUACAGUUUCCACUGUCAAGGCUGUUCUUCUUGAUGCAGAGACCAAGCUAGAGCUCUCCAAUGAAGCACAGUUGUGGAUUGAAGAACUCAAGGAUGCUAUCUACAAUGCUGAUGAUCUAUUCGAUAAGUUCGUCACUCUCACUGAGCAAAAGCAGAGGCAUGUCAUGGAGGGUGGUAAAGCCUCUAAGAAGGUUCGUCGCUUCUUUUCUCGUCAUAAUCCUUUUAGUUUUGCAUACAAUAUGUCUCAAGAGGUUCAGAAGAUUAGGGAGGAGAUUGAUGCUAUUGCCAGUAAUCAUACUAAGUUUGGCUUCUUAAGUCUUGACUCUCAACCUAUGAAGAAGAGAAGGGAGGAUACUUGCUCUUAUGUUUAUGAGGAUGAUAUUAUUGGGAGGGAGGAUGAUGUAGACGAGAUUGUAGGUGUCUUGCUAGAUAGUAAUAAUGUUGAACGCAAUGUUUCUUUCCUUUCUGUUGUCGGCGUAGGAGGGUUGGGGAAAACUGCUCUUGCUCAGCUUGUGUUUAAUGAUGCAAGGGUCUUAAGUGCCUUUCCAUUGAGGCUGUGGACUUGUGUAUCUGAUCAUGAUCAGAAGCAGUUAGAUGUCGAAGGGAUUCUUCGUAAGAUUCUAGCUUCGAUUACUGGUCACCAGCCUGAUGGAUCCACCAAGGAAUGGGUGCAAAGCCAGAUUCGAGAGAAACUAGCGAGCAACAAAUGCUUGCUUGUUUUAGAUGAUGUAUGGACCGAGAACCGCAAUCACUGGCUUAAUUUGGUCCAGUUCUUGUUAGGAGCUCAAAUGCAGAGUUGGGUUUUAGUAACUACACGUUCACAGGAGACUGCAAGAAUUAUAGGAGAUGGUUUUUCGCAUAAGCUGCAAGGACUGUCAAAUGAGAAUUCUUGGCAUUUGUUUAAAAAAGUAGCCUUUGGAUCGGAACAAUCAGGUCAUCAUGAUGAUGAGUUGGUUAAAAUAGGGCAAGAGAUUGUUAAAGGGUGUGCUGGAGUCCCUCUCGCUCUCAGAGUAAUAGGGAGUCUUCUGUAUGGUCAAGAGAAGAGUAAGUGGCUAUCCGUUCAGGCGAUAGGGUUAGCCAACAUAAGAAAAUGCCAAGAUGACAUAAUGCCUAUAUUGAAGCUAAGCUACAAUAAUCUAGAGUCCCCUCUACAGAGUUGCUUCAGUUUUUGUGCUUUGUUUUCUAAAGAUUUUGAGAUUGAGAAGGAAAUGUUGAUUAACAUGUGGUUGGCACAAGGCUACAUUGUUUUAUCAGAUGAACAUCAAAGCAGCAAAGAAGUUGUUGCGGAGGAGUAUUUUUCUAUUUUGUUGCGUCGAUGCUUUUUUCAAGACGUAUAUAAAGAUGAAUUAGGUGAGCUUAGAACAUGUAAGAUACAUGAUUUGAUGCACGAUAUUGCUCAGAAGGUAGCAGGAAAGGAGAUUUGUAAAAGUGAUUGUAUCAACGAAAACUUGCACAAAAAAGCUCGGCAUCUAGUCCUUGAGAGAGGUAAUAAAAGAAAUAUUUUCACUAAGACCCGUAUUCGUUCAUAUGUCCAGGCAGAAUUGAAUAAGCUCAACCGGCCCAUGAUGGACCAGCUCUAUUUGGAGGAAUUACUAGCGAAUUUCACGUGCAUGAGGGUAUUGGACCUGAGUUGGUCAAACAUUGAAAUCUUGCCAAGCAGAAUAGGUGAACUGCUACAUUUAAGGUAUUUAGAUCUCUCAUGGAAUGAAAAAUUAGAAGUGCUUCCCACUUCAAUUAAGAAACUGUAUAAUCUGGAGACAUUAAACUUGACUUGCUGUAUGAAAUUGAAAGAGCUGCCAAAAGAUAUAAGCAAACUGGUUAAGCUUAGGGUUCUAGAUAUUGAGGGAUGUAAUCUGAAUUAUAUGCCUACUGGGUUGGGUAAGUUAACCAACCUUCAUAGCCUACCAGUGUUUGUGUUGCGUGAAGCUAGUUCAAAUUGUAAGCAGUGGUUUGAUCAUCUGGAAGACUUAAAAGCUCUCAAGAAGCUGAAAGGUGAACUAGGCAUCUGUAUCCAACUCCCCAAAAAUGCUAAGGUAGAUAUUAAAAGGGAAGGAGGAUACAUGAAGGACAAGGAACAUCUUAAGGGUAUUUGUUUUUCUUUUAGUGUGUCAGAGGUUGACAGAAGGCUAAUAGAUAAUGAAGAAGCAUUAAUGGAAGACAUGCAGCCGCAUUGUAAUCUCAAGAUAUUACAAUUGCAGAAAUACCAUGGUGUCAGAAUGCCAAGUUGGGCAAAGUCUCUGCAAAAUCUUGUUGACCUAAAACUUUGUGAGUGCCGGGAGUUGAAGCACCUAGCAUGUCUUGGAAACAUGCGUCAUCUCAAAGUCCUUGAACUUGACAACUUGCCUAAUUUGGAGUACAUAAUUGAAAAUUGUAGUGCAUCCCAUUUGGCCCGAGCUGUACUGCCAAAUGCAGAAGGCUUGUCAGUCCUUCCCUCCCUUGAACGGGUUACCCUUCGUAGGUUGCCAAAACUGAAAGGAUGGGUAGCAGAUGGUCGUCAGCUUACGUGUAGCAGCAACAUGGAGAUGGAAUCAUCGCAAUUACUGUGUCUUUCAAGAUUAAAGUCAUGGUACAUCUAUGAAUGCCAGGAGCUUAAAUCUAUUCCGUCAUGUCCCGGUUUGGAAACUUUAUCUCUUAUAGGUUUCAACGAAAGAUUGAGAAUACUAAAGAUGGAUAAGCAAAGGGAUUUACCCUCUCCUACUACCUCAUCUUCACCUUUCGUAUUGGAUCUCAUUCCCAAAUUAAGAGAUGUUUCAACAGACAACAUGACAUGGCUGAAAUCACUCCCCUUGGAGUCCUUUCAGAAGGUCAAAACUAUGUCAAUAUUGUGGGACAACAAGUUGGAGAGUUUGGGAGAAGUUGAGCAAGUGCUGCGUAGCUGCUCGUCUUCCUUAUGUUACUUGAAAAUAGGUCAUUGUGACAAUCUAAAGAGUGUAUGUGGAGGAUUAGAGCAUCUCACUUCCUUGGAGAGUUUAAGGAUAGACGGAUGCCCUAAUCUGAAGCUAUCAGAAGAAAAGAGAAAGAAGAUGGUGACAGCAUUAGCAUGCCAUGGCCAUCAUUUCGCAACUCCCUCCACUUCUUGUCAUUGGUAAAUCUUCCACAACUGAUGGAUCUUCCUAAUUGGAUACAGCACCUUACUGCUCUCAAAGAAUUCACGAUUCAGAGUUGCAAAGAACUGAAUUCCUUGCCAUCUUGGAUGUCCAAACUCACCUCUCUCAGGAAUCUUAAAAUCUUUAACUGUUCAGAACGCCUCCAUGAGAGAUACCAGAAUACCACUGGCGAGGAUUGGUCCUACGUCAAACACAUCCCUGAGAUUUUAGUGAUUUGAAAACUGUAAGAAAAUAAAUAUCCUGAUUAACUCUUCUAUUUUCAUUGUAAUCCUCAUCAAUUGUAAUUUAAUGUGUAUCUAAUUUGUAUCUUCUCAACUUUUAUGGGAUGGCAACCUCGCUUUCAUUUAAGCACAAUUCUGAUUAUUAUUACAUAUUAAGUUCUUGAUAUUUUUUGUGCAUAGUUCACUUCAGAUCUGCUCUUUGUCAAUCUUUGAGUAUAAACUACUGAACUGAAUGAUAAAAAGUAAUAGCUUUUAUUUGCAUGUAAAAAAAUUUCCCAUCCAAAUUUGCAGCAUAGCUGCUGUUUUUGUGUGUGAGGUCUGACUCAUAUGUAGUCUGAUUCUGCUUAAUACUCUAAGAUUGGUCAAAUUUACAGCAACAUCAAGUACCUCAUUCAGCAACGAUGUACAAUUUUUUUUUUUCCUUAUUUGUCUCCGGAGAAUUUGAAAUCUAGACACUUUGUGCAAGAUGUGCUGUUUGUCUUUGCACCUUUUCAGGUUCAGAGCUCAUAAAGGCUUAAUUGAUCAUGAGAAAGCUGGUCUCAUUUCAAGCUCAUCCAUGUUAUUCCUCCUCUUAAUUUUACCUCAAGUACCCAUAUGUGAUACUCGACUCAGAUAUUGGCAUAUUGGGAUUGGUCAUGGGAUGAGCUUAUGGCAUAUGAUCUUCUACCAAUAUGUAUAUGAUUAAUCUGGUGAGCAGAAGCUGCAUUAUGUCGGGCAUUCACAGCCAUCACAGGGAACAUUAAUAGCCCUGACUGCGUUUUCCCAGAAGAGGUUGUUAAACAUGGUGAGAUCAACCGGCUUGCUUUGUCCAAUCACUUAUCUUAGUCGAAUGACUUCCCCGCUAGCUAAGAGUGCUGCUGAAAACUUCGUCACUGAAAUUUUGUACUGGUCCGGCCUGCAUGAAUUUGUACCCCGUGGGUGAGAUAUGCUUUGGAAUUUCUCGAUUUAGUAGUGACGGCUGACUAAUUAUUUCUGUGAUUCUGUCUCAUCAUGCUAUAGAUUUACAUGCAUAUGCUGGAUGUCUGACUUAACCUGAAAUCAUGUAUCAAAUUUUAUCCUGUUGCUGAUUGAACAAAAAGGCUGAAUGAAGCUUCUGAAGGAUAUAUGCAGGAAGUAGGGAAUCGACUGCACUGAUUUUGUUGACAUCUUUUACUGGUAUCAUAAGUCAUCCUCGGACUCUGUUCCAGUAGUACUUCUGUUAGCAAGCUUAACGAAAUCAGUGUCUUCCUUCUGCUGCUUUUGUGAGAUCUUCGCCAAAUCAUCUGAGCUUUUCACCUCAGGAUCCAUGUGACGGAUUUCAAACAAAGGAGAUUUUCCUGUUACAUAAAUAAAAUAUAAAAAGGCACCUCCAGCAUCUACUUUGAUGUCAAACUGGUUUAGAAAGAAUGUACUAUACCUGAAAGUAUUGCAUCCACAGUAGCAUCUAAUCUGUGAUGGACACGACAUUCAGUUCUAGAUAUCAUUUCAACAGCACAUGUAAAUGUGGGAGAACCAUUUUCUCUCAAGAACUGUCUUCUGCACUUCUCUUCGCCUUGCUUCUUCAUCGCCCAAGGUGACGCUCUUCAAGACAAAAAAGAAAAGUAUAGAAUUCAAAGCCAACACAAUGAAUGUCGAAGUUCAUUAAAUGGAAAUCACAUACUGCACAACAAUAGGGAGAAGAAAUUUAGUGACACACCUCAAUGCCACCAACGAGCAGCUGAAGAGAAGGAUUUUUCGACAGCUCCAAUCAUCACCUAUACAAGUCCAGAGAGGAGAAAGUUUAAGAUUAAAAGUUGAAAAAUGUAAAUUAUUGGCUACGUAUCGAGCUAUUUAACACCUACAUUAUGCUGCAUAUUGACAUUAGGCACUUGCAUCCUCCUUGCACAACCUAUACCCGAAUGUCGGACAUUACCCACAUUCGCUCUCCUUAAUAAACAAUUCAUAAAAAUUACCUACUUCUAUAUUUAAUUAUGAUUUUUUUAUGGGA